AUGUCGCAGUUGCUGUUGCCUCAGGCCUAUGUGGCGGCCAUACUUUCUUGCAUGACUAUGACGGUGAUUAGCUCGACGCUGGUGGCCAUCUUCUACGAUCCCCUGAACGCCAGGCAUGUGAUGGGGUGUCGAACGGUGCAGCACCUGGAGCCGCAGGCCGAGUUCCGCCUGGUGGCAUCGCUGCUUGACGAGGAGCCUGUGGCGCUCUUGCUCGACCUCGUGGAGGCGUCGCGCGGCGACGAGCAGAGCCCGAUGUGCGUCUACGUCCUUCACCUGACGGAGAUCAUGGGACGGGCGAGCUCCAGCCUCAUCGCUCACAAGAACAAGAAGGGCAGCAUCGACGCGCGGCAGAUGGACCGCCUCCACAGCGUCUUCAUCAACUACGAGCAACUGAAGGAGGGGAUGGUCGUCGUCCAGCCGUUCACUGCGAUCUCUCCCUACAAGACCAUGCACCACGACAUCUGCUCGCUCGUCAUCGAGAAGAACGUCCACCUCGUCAUCGUCCCAUUUCCGAGGAAGGAGACUGGGGCCAACGUUGAGGUCCAUCGGGCGGCUCGUAGCAUCAUCCCCAAUGUACUGUCUCAGGCUCCCUGCUCGGUCGGUAUCCUCGUCCACCACCCGAUCACCGGCUUCGGGCAAACCGUGCCGCGGCAGUACCGAUACCACAUCAAGAUCCUGUUCUGGGGUGGCGCCGAUGACCGGGAAGCACUGUCUUUUGGCGCGCGCAUGGCGCGGCAUGUAGCCGUCACCACCGUAGUCCUCCGCUUCCUCCCGGCCGUCGAUCGCGAGAUGGACGAGGACUUUCUCCAGGAUGAAGAUCUCUUCAACGAGUUCAAGACCGAGCACGCGGGGAACAAGCGCGUGGCGGUGGAGGAGGUGGCGGUGAGCGACGUCGAGGAGGCAGUCGCGGUCAUCAAGUACUUCGAGAAGGACUACGACCUCGUGAUCGUGGGCCGGCGGCAGGCCUGGAACUCGUUGCUCAGCGAAGGAAUGGAUGACUGGAGCGAGUCACCGGAGCUGGGAGUGGUGGGGGACAUCUUGGCCUCGUCGGAGUUUGCCAACACCUCGUUUUCAGUUCUUGUAGUCCAGCAAUAUGUACACAAAUAAUGGGUGAUUUUUCCCAAUAUAAUCCU